AAUUACACAGAAACUCUAUUUAUUAAAGCAUGUGGCCAUUAUUGGGACAAAAAUGUAAAUUUAAACAUUCCUAUUACGCAACUUACUUUACCAUCAAAGUUUUAUGCUUGGGUUCUAACCAAAUUCGGCGUAGACGCGAAAAUUACGAAGCUUUGUUUUGAAGACAUCUUAAAAGCACGAAUUAAUAUUGAUAAACAACUUCAACAAACCCCCAAUGUUAAAAUUCCUAUUGAAAUGAAUCCAAAUGUAUUCUAUGAACUUUGUGGCAUCCUUAGAGCCUAUAACAAAGCCAAAAAUUUUUAUUUACCAUUACAUUUGAAUAUAAUUUCUCAAUGUAAAGCAGCGGAAAUUCUGAUGCCGUUAUUUAAAUGCCAUCUACCUAAGUUAUUUAAGGAAAGUAUAGACAGCAAUAUGCUACAUGAAUGGGAAGACGUAUUACAUAUGUUGCAUAAUAAUUUAAGUGAAUCAACAGAGGAGUUUAAAAGUUAUUUUCUUGGCUUUAUUAAUAGAAAGAAAUAA